AUGCCGCACUUCGACCAGCUCGACGCCCCCAAAAAGGGCAAGCCCAUCAAGUCCGCCUUUGACAGUGAGAGCUUCGACGCCGACGGCACCAUCCACGUUGCCGGGCUGGUCGGGUCCGCCACAAUCUCACCCUCUGGUCGAGAUGUCACAUUGGCAUCGCCCGAGGGCUUGUCCAUCAUCGACCUGGACUCACCCUACAACCCUCCCCGCCGGCUCAGCAGCCAUAGCUCGCCCUGGCUUGUCACCGACGUGCAAUGGUCGCCCUUCGCCGCCCGCGACUACUGGGUCGUCUCCACGGCCAACCACCGUGCGCUCGUAUGGAACCUCAACCUGCGAGACGACUCGGCCUCCGGCGCCAUCGAGCACUCCCUCCAGGGCCACAGCAGGGCCAUCACCGACAUCAACUGGUCCGCCUACCACCCCGACCAGCUCGCAUCGUGCGCAGUCGACGGCUACGUCCACUGCUGGGAUCUCCGCCGCCCGAGACAGCCCGUCCUGACCUUUUGCGACUGGUUCGCCGGCGCCACCCAGGUCAAGUACAACCGUCAGGACCCCCACAUUCUGGCCUCCUCUCACGACAGGUGGCUGCACAUCUGGGACGAGCGGCGGGCGUGCGAGCCUCUCAAGUCCAUCAGCGCCCACACCUCCAAGAUCUACGGCAUCGACUGGAACCGGACGAGGUCCACGGGCAUCGUCACCUGUUCCCUGGAUAAGCACAUCAAGUUUUGGGACUACGGCAGCGACCAGGAUGUCCCGGAGCGCGUCAUACGCACCCAGUUCCCCGUUUGGCGCGCUCGCCACACCCCCUUUGGCCGCGGCCUCCUGGCCAUGCCCCAGAACGAGCCGGGCGAUCUGUAUCUGUACGACCAGCGACCGCCUCCCGAGGACCCCGGCGAGGGUCCGACAGAGCCCGUCGCCGUCUUCCCCGGGCACGGCAACCACAAGGCCAAGGAGUUCCUGUGGAGAAGCAGGGGCGGCAUAACCGACGACGGGCUGGACGAGAGAGACUUCCAGCUGGUCUCCUGGGGCGAGGACAACGAGCUGCGGCUGCAGCAAGUCGACCCGUCCAUCCUCGAGUCGGUGGGCUACGUCAAGGGGAUGCCGGCGACCAAGAACCUGGUCCUCACGCGCAAAGGCGCCGCCUACAAGACCUUCCGGACGGUCGGCGACCACAUCAUCCGAGACCGGAGGAGCGGCACGAUGAGCGACCCCCGCAACAGCGCGCAAUAUCGGCAGAGCGCCCUGACCAUGGGGAUGCGCUCGGGGCCGACCACCUACGCCAAGCUCGGCGCCGCCUGGAAGGGCUCCUCCAUGAAGGCCAAGAGCGCUUCCAAGGAGAUGGACCGCAGCCAGGCCCACAUCGGGUGGAUGAAGGGCAUCAUGAUGAACAAGAGGAAGGCGUCCACCGACAGUCCCCUCCGGAGGGGCGACUCCAAGGACUCGAGCAUGUUCAGCCCCGGCUACAUGGACGACGACAAGUGGGGGGACCCGGAGACCAUCCAGGAGGAGUUUCUGCGCAUCAGCAUGCAGCUCCCCAAGGUGAAGUGGGAGCACAUCGACAUGGACAACCUGACGCUCAAGGCCUCCCUCAACGGCCCCUGGGGCGCCGACGGCGAACCCAUCUUCAUCAAGGUCACCGUCGACAUCCCGUCCAACUACCCCAAGUUCAGGGCCCCGACCUUCUUCGUCGAGAAGACGGGCUUCAUGUCGGCGAGGACGCACAGGAAGAUCGAGCACGAGCUCCACGAGCUCUGCCAGCAGUUCCUGGAACGCAAGCAGAACUGCCUGGACGUCGCCUUCUCCUACCUCCUGGGCGAGAUCGACCUCGCGGCGAGCACAAACUUCUUCAAAAACGUAAAGGACCUCGACGACCCCCUGGACGCGCUCGGCUCCGAGAGCUCGAGCGAGGACGAGAACGACAUACCGGCGGGCGGGUCGGCGUCCAUGUCGCAGGAGCUGCCCCCCCACGACGCCGAAGCCGACAGCACCCUGGCGCCCAACAACCGGCCCACGAUCCCGCCGCUGCCGCGCUUCUGCGGCGCCCGCUUCGCCAACGACGGGCGCCUCGUCUGCUUCUUCCCGACCAAGGAGGAGAAGGCGAGGGCGCUGUUCUCCACGUCCGUCGAACCGCUGCGGGAGAGGUCAAAGGGCGAGCCGGUGUUCGCCGGCUUCGGCCGUCUCGCGCACGACUCGCCGCCGGGUAAGAGAUACGGCCAGGACGACAUGUCGGCGACGGACGACCAAUCCGACUCGGACGACUCCACGGGGUCCUCGUCGUCGAGCGACUCGGGGUCGACGUCCAUCAACAAGAUGAGCUUGUGGUACCAGCCCCGGCACCGGUUCAAGAGGACCUGGAGCGACAACCGGUCCGUCCGGUCGAGCGGCGGCGGCACGGGAAACGUCAUAUCCCUCCACGACACCUCGGACCUCCUGCCCGCCAAGAAGGAGUUCGCCCGGGAAUACGCCAUCUUCGGAGACGGUGCCCAGGUCUGCGAGCACAACGCCCAGGUCGCCGAGAAGCACGGAUGCCGGGACCUCGUCGACGUCUGGCGCUACCUCUCGCUGAUCCUCCGCAAGGACAUCCCGCUCGAGUUCUCCAACAUGGACCCCCACCACAACUCGAUCCUGAUCAUCGCCCGCGACGCGCUCGCGCGCUUCCGCCACGAGGACUCGCCGGGCGUCCAGGACACGGCCGUCUUCAGCGGCAGGGUGAAAUGGGGCAACCACCCGUUGGCGAGGCACUUCAUCAGCGACCUCUUCGAGUACUACGAGAAGACGGCCGACAUCCAGAUGCUGGCCAUGCUCUCGUGCAUCUUCAGCGAAGCCUUCGCCGAGGACAGCGUCGCGUAUGCCGAGUCGCACAUGACGCAGCCCGACACGCCGCUGCCGAUGAAGGCCCCGGCCUUCUCGCUCGACUACUUCCCCACGGACGCGUCGCUCUGGAACCUGGACGGGAGGAGCCAGACCAACUCGGCCAUCGCCACCCCGGGGACGCUGCACACCCCCGUCCGCUAUUCCGGCUCCCAGGGAUCCGCCGAAGAGGUCUUCUGGGCCGGCGACCCGGGCUCCAACUCGUACUCGUGCGGCGAAACCCCGCCCAACAGGGGCUUCAAGGAGUACCUCGGCGAGGGCGACCACGCGCCGCCGAGCCUGUCGACGUCGCCCAGCGGGAGGACGCUGUCGCGGGUCAACUCGGGACUGCCGUCGAGCUUCGCCAUCAACCUACCCCGCCCGUUCAGCGGCGUCGCGACGGGGACCACGACCGCCGCCUCGUCGCCCCCGAACCACGGCCGCAAACGCCCGAGCCCGGCGGAAACGGUCCUCAGCGCCCUCGCUCCUGGCGGCGGCGGCGGCGGCGGCGGCGGCGGCGCGGUCGGCAACGUCACAUGGGGGCACUCGACCGUCAUGGGCGACUCGGGCACGACGCGCACCUCGCUCUCGGACGACGACGUCAGCCGCGAGGAGCUCUUCUCCCUCGUCCCCAUCGGCGUCUCGGUCCACCUCGAGGACCAGACCAUAUUCGACGACGACGGCUGGAUGACGGCGCCGCUCCUCGAACCCUGCCGCAGCGACAUGUACGCCACGUACCGCUACGUCUACGCCGAGAUCCUGCAGAUGUGGAACCAGCCCCUGGCUCGCCUCGAGAUCAUGAAGUUCAACGUGCUCCAGCAGCAGCAGCAGCAGACCCAGGCGUGCGGGGCGCUCGACGACUUCCACGAGACGUACAGCAUCGCCGACACGUCCACCACGCAGCAACAACAACAGCAGCAGCAUCAGCAGCCGUACACCACCUCCCCGAUCCUGCUCGGGAAGAAGGAGCAGCUCCAGGCGCUCGUCGCCUCGGGGCGCGGCCUCGACGUGACGGGCGUCUGCCGCGUCCACGAGACGCAGCUCGAGCCCUUGAAAUACAUCUCGGCCACGGCGACCCGCCUCGGCGGCGCCGUCGGCACCUGCGACCGCUGCCGCCGCAGCCAGACCCAGCUCCUCUGCGUCUACUGCCGCGAGCCCAUCGACGCGCUGUACCCGCCGUGCCUCGGCUGCGGCUGCGCCUUCCACGACGCGUGCCUCGCCGAGUGGCACGCCGCCGGCGAGACCUCGUGCCCCGCGGGCGACGAGUGCAACUGCGUCGAGGAGGCGUCCAUGGGGCAGGUCGAGUCGUGGGCCGCCAUGAUGGGGGCGCUGCGCAAGGGACAGCAGCCCGGCGUGGCGGGGGGCUUCAUGGGCAGGGGGUUCGUGCUACCGCCGCCGGCGAUCGAGGAGCCCGCCGCCGCCGCCGCCGCCGCCGACGACGACGACGAGAGGGGGGACUGGGAGAGCGUGCGCAGCGCCUCGGGGAUCCCGAGCCGGAUGCAGGGCGGUGGCGGCGCGGUGAUGAGCGCCGCGAGGAUCAGCCUGGGUAACAGGCUGAAGAAGUCGGCGGGCGACACGGCGGCCGCGUGGAGUCGGGCCUCGAACCUGGGGAGGACCCGGGGCGGGAGAGGGGCUGUAAUGAACGGGGGCGGGAGCACACCCGGCAGUUGGCGGAGCGGGAGGUGA